AUGUCAUCACAUAACAUAAAAUGCAUUCUUCUUCUUGGAUUUUGCUUAGUUAUGAAAGCCAAAUCUGCACCAAUAUUUGCCUCCAAUAUGACGGUUGUAUAUGUUGCUGAAGACACACCAAGAGGUGCAGUAGCAUAUAAGAUUAUUGCAUCUGACCCCAGUAAUGACCCAUUAAACUACGCUAUGUCUGGAGUGGAUUCUACAUUCUUCAAGUUAGAUAGUAACACAGGCAUUGUCACAGUUGCACGUGACUUGGACCGAGAGGUUAAAUCUACUUUGAGUAUUACUAUUAGUGCUACUAAUGGAAGAGAUAAGACCAGCUUGAAACAAACAAUCAUUCUUAAAGAUGCCAAUGAUAAUGCACCCAUAUUUCUAAAUGCUCCAUACAAAGUAUCUGUUUAUGAGAAUGAAACUAAAGGUGCAGUAUUAUUUACUGUUAAAGCAAAGGACAGAGACCAAGGGCCUGCUGGAACAGUACGGUAUGAGAUUGUGGGAGUACUCCCACAUGCCCCUUAUCUCUUUGAAAUUCAACAAGGUGGAAAAGUUAUUUUGAAUGGUACACUGAGUUACACAGAGAAAAGCACAUUUUAUCAGUUACAGAUCAAGGCUUCAGACUAUGGUGGACUGUACAAUGGAACAUUUAUCGUUCAGCAUACCACUACAUUUGCACUUAUUAAUGUAGAAGAUGUAUCUGACUUGGAUCCUAUAUUUCUGAACAUUCCCUAUCAAACGACAGUGCCUGAGAAUUCUAAAGUGGGAACAACUGUACUUCAGGUUACAGCUGUGGAUGGUGACCGAGGAAUUAACAGUGAAAUUACAUAUUCAAUUUUAACAUCAAAACCACCAGAUUUAUUUGGUAUUAAUGCUCAAAAGGGAGAUAUAUUUGUGCUUCAUUCUCUUGACCGAGAGGAACUUCUUGAAUUUAACACAGUUGUAGAACUGCAGGUUAUGGCCAAGGAAAAACAUCUUGAUAUCAAUGGAGCCUUUGCCUCAGCAAUUACAAAAGUAUCCAUCACUGUGACCGAUAUCAACGACAAUACACCUGCAUUCUACGAUUGCAUUCUUGAUACUUGUAAUUUUACUGAAAGUCCAAAAGUGAAUUCAUUUCACAUUUCCAUUCCUGAACAUUUCUCGUCAGGAGUGCCAUUGGAGAAUUUAGCGAUAGUGGCUCGUGAUCCCGAUCAGGGUGUGAAUGGAACCUUCACGUUGUCCCUUCAUGGAGCAAAUGCGUCAGAUUUUACUGUUUCCCCAAAAGAGAUCAAAACCUUGGGAGUGGUACAGAUAGCAGUGAAAAACUCAGAUGCUAUUGAUUAUGAACGGAAGAAGGUUUCAAUCUUUGAGAUUGUUGCAAAUGAUACAACCAACCCAACUAAAUGUUGCUCCACAGCGACAGUUACAAUCGACAUUGUUGACAUUAAUGAUCACAGCCCAGAAUUCCCACAGCAAACUUAUAUCCUCAGUGUGAAAGAAAAUUCAGACAUUGGGACUGUAUUUGGAAUUGUUACGGCAAUAGAUCCUGACACUGGACUCUUUGGUAAAAUUACGUACAGCCUAUUACAGGAGAACAUACAGGAAUUUAAAGUUGACAACAGGACAGGCGAAAUUAUGGUUGCGAACAAAACAUUGCUUGACAGAGAGAAACGUCCCAGAUAUUAUGCAACUCUUCAGGCAACAGAUGGUGGGGGCCGUAAGGGUACAACAUCGCUCGAAAUUGUUUUAGAAGACAUAAAUGAUAACCAUCCAGUAAUGUCAAGAGAGUCCUAUACUGCAUUCAUCACUGAAAACCAAGGAAAUGACUUAAAUAUUAAAAUUGAAGCUUUUGACAAUGAUGAGGUCAACACCAAUAACAGUGAGAUUCGCUACACAAUAGUUGCUGGUGACGAUGAACAAAAUUUUACCAUUGAUCCAAUCUCGGGUGUUCUCCGUUCUAUUGGUCCCAUAGAUCGAGAGGCCAUGAAAUCUUCAGAUGGAAAAAUUAAUCUAAUUGUGAAAGCGUAUGAUUUAGGAGUUCCUUCUCUUUCAACAACUGUCAAUGUCACUAUCCAUGUAGAGGAUGUAAAUGACUAUUCACCAGUAUUUUCUCAGUCUGUCUAUUAUGCUUCUGUAAUGGAACACACAUUAGGAGCUUUUGUGACAUUGGUUAAAGCCAACGACAAUGAUGCAACAGAAGUCAACAAUCGGAUAACAUACCGUAUUGAAAAUGGUGGCUCAGGAAUCUUUCUAAUCAGAUCAAUCUUAAUCAAUAAUACCAUUCCAAAACAGUAUGGAGGAAAUCUUACUGUUGAUCCUACAAUAGCGCUGGAUUAUGACAAAGGACCAAAAUUUUACAAUCUAAGUGUCAGUGCUUCAGAUUUAGGAACUCCAUCUAAAAUAGCACAUGCAACUGUUCAUGUCACUGUAUUAGACAUGAAUGAUGAAACUCCUGUACUAGAUCCAGAUUCAAUGAAGGAUUUAGAUGUAAUGGAAAAUAACACCGAACUUGGAAUAGUACGGAAUAUAACUGCAACUGACAUUGACACAAAUCAUUCAUUAAUCUAUCAACUGGUUUCAACAGUUUGUUAUAAGUCUAAAAUUAUUGAUGCUCGACCAGAUGCACCAUGCCAUUACUGGUUUGGACUUUAUGACAAUGGAUCACUCUAUGUGAAUGAAUCCUCAGUUAUUGACUAUGAGGAAUAUGAUCAAGUGGACAUGACUAUUCGUGUGACUGAUCUUUACACUGAAAAAAAUAAUGCUUCCAGUAUUGGCAAACUUACAAUCAACAUUGUGGAUGCCAAUGACAACAGACCUGUGUUUCUUGCCUUGGAAAGAGUAUCUGUUAUCGUGCCAGAAUUAGCACCAAUUUCUGCUGAAGUUGCAACAGUUAAGGCAAGCGACAAUGACACUGGAAAAAAUGCAGCAAUUGAGUUUUUUGUUGUCAAAGUUUUAUUCAUUUUCUCGGAUGGGAAACCAAACAGAGUAUUGCCUGAUCUAUUUGAAGCUUCAAGAUCUGCAUUUAUCGAUGGUGAAUACACAGCAACUAUCAAGAUUAAAUCAUCACUGGAUAAAACAUUGAAAGGACAAUACAAGGUAACUGUAGAAGCAAGAGAUGGAGGCAAACCCACUUUAUAUGCAAGCAGUGAUCUGGAUUUAAUUACAGUGGAUGAGAGUUACAAGACACGAUUAGAGUUUACGGUAACACCUGAAGAAGUUCAGCAAAAUAUGAAUGAAAUAAUUGCCCUGCUUCGGGAAGCCACAUAUUCAAAUCCUUAUGUGGCGAGUGUAACUGCUGUCACCAAUGAGAAAGUACAAUCAUUAGCCAGAAACAUAGCUAAAGCUACAAUGGAGCUGUAUUUUGUAUAUAACAAUGGAACAGCCAUUCCUCCUGAGCAAGUCAAUAGCAAACUUCAGCUUAACCCUGAGGCUGUUAAGAACCUGUUAGACCUUGGUCUUUUGAAUAUUAAAGAAACAACUGAAUCUAGUAAUAAUGAAAGAUUAUUUGUGGCAAUUAUCAGUGGGUUGGUGGGAGGUUUCGUUAUUUUGUUAACCAUCAUGAUAACUGCUCUGGUUUGCAGUCGAGAAAGUUACAAACGAAAGAUAAGAUCAAUAACUGCGAUGAACACAGCUAAAACAAUUACAGGGAGUGCACUGCAGAAUGGGCUUGUUGUUCCUGGUACAAACAAAUAUGCUUUGGAAGGUGCUAAUCCAGUGUGGAAUACUAUUAUUGACACCGCCACAGACCUUGUUUUUGAAAAUAAUAAUUCAGACCGUGCAAGUAUUAAUUCUUUGGAUGAGAAUAUGGUCAAUGCAGUGGAAGAUACACAUGCCAAGAAACCAAACAUGUUAGAGGGGCCCACUGUAACUGUGGAGGCUGAUCAUGAGAUGACUGAGAAAACAGUUGACAGUUAUUUGACUGACGCAAAGGCCAAACCUCUCAGAGCUGCACUGGUUGACCAUGACAACAAUAAAGAAAACGCAUCAGGGGCAACUGGAAAUGGAUUUCACAUUUCUCAAAUGAACAACAUUGAUAUCUGAGCAUUACAUCAGAUGCCUUUGACUAUUCUAAAUUUCUAAGUUUAAAAAUCUGCAUUUAAAAUCUUUAAUGUAAGCAAAAUGGAAUCUGUUAAUAAUAUUUAGCUUGUGUCUUUUUUGCCUGGUAACCACUUUCUCAACAUAAGGUGCUCAUGUGAAGAUUUAUUUGCGUUUGAUUUUGUUUGCUGGCCAUCAUAUUUUAAAACGAAUGUAGCAUGUUUUAACAUCAUAUUUUAUUUAACACUGUUUAUUACCCAAUUGACAGCAAUGAUGAAAACUGUGCAUUGUUUAGGUAUGAAAGGAACAAUGUUCCAUACAUGAGAUCUGUUAACAGUAACAUGGCCAGUAAUGGAAUGAUGCUAAUGGUAUUCUGGAAAAUUAAAUGCCUCUAAAAAAAUCUUAAUCAUCCAUCCAUUUCCUAGUUAGAAAGAUCCUUCAAAGAAUUUUCCUGCAGUGUAUUCUAUUUAACCAUCUAUCUGGUAUAUAUAUAUUUAUCAAAGAGCUAAAUUGAUUUAAUAAGGAUAUAUUUAUGGAAACAUAUAAAUUUACAAAAUGUUCAAUGUUUUAAUGUCCUUUUUGCAUCAGUGCAGGUUGAUUUGAAUGAAAAGUGGUAACCUCAAAGAAAAGCAAUGAGAAAAAUUGAAUAAUUACUUGAGGCGUUAGAAGUUAUGUGGAACUUGCUAAUUGCUGAAUAAGGGUUACCUGGUAAGAGGAAUAAGAGAUGGGCUGAAGUGUGGGUAAGUUGGUACAUUUGUCCUUCAGAAAAAAUUAUACUUUGGUAAAGAGGGAGCUAACAUGACAGGGGAACAGUUUCUUGGCAUUGAGAAAUACUUAUUCUCAUUUGUAGCUAUUACGAGGGGACAUAGUUUUAAAGUGAGUGGAGGUAGAUACAGGGGAGACGUCAGAGGUAGGUUCUUUACUCAGAGAGUGGUCG